UCUUGACUCGGUAGUCAAGCAAAGAUGAUACUGCUGGUCGCCUGUCUCAGCCUCCUAAUUGGCUCCGGUGAACUGGGCACGUUGAACAAUGGCCCUUCCGUCGGUGUGACAGCUGUCCUCGGACUCGGCGCGCUGCCUUUUGGAUUCGCGGCUGGACCCAGGUACGUUCCUAAAUGGAAAAAACAAGCCUGUGAGAUACCUGCUUCUCAGCACCCGAACUCGCACUACGUUUGCGACGAGGCUGGCGAAGUAAAAUGCUUACCAGGAUGGACCGGCGAUUUGUGCGACGUGCCAAUCUGUCGGAAGGGCUGCGACCCUCUUCAGGGUUACUGCCGUCGACCCGGCGAAUGUCGCUGCAAAUUGGGCUUCUAUGGCGAGCUGUGCGACAAGUGUGUGGCUCUGCCGGGAUGUCAGCACGGCAGCUGUAACGUGAGCUUCGAGUGCUCUUGCGACCCGGGAUGGAAAGGCAUGUUCUGUUCGGAGCCGAUCUGCGCUUCCGAUUGCCUGGGCAGCCAAGGAUACUGCGAAAAGCCCGGCGAGUGCAGGUGUCGUCUGGGCUGGCAAGGACCGAAGUGCAAACAGUGCGCUGUUUUACCAGGAUGUUUGCACGGAACGUGUCAAGGACCACUCGAAUGUCGCUGCGAGCCUGGGUGGACUGGGCUCCUUUGCCAGACACCAAUUUGUUCUCAAGGAUGCAGCCGAGAACACGGUAGCUGUCGUCGCCCAGGAACAUGUAGAUGUCGCGUAGGAUGGACAGGUCCAAACUGCACCGAAUGCGUCUCCUAUCCUGGAUGCGUUCACGGGAGCUGCAAACGACCAUGGGAGUGUCGCUGCGAGCCUGGAUGGGCAGGUGAUCUUUGCAACGAGAAACUUACCUAUUGCGAAGAGAAUCCUGGAACCUGUCGCAACAACGCGACUUGUAUCAGCAUGACAAAGGAGGAUGGCAAUUACAGGUGUAUCUGUCCUCUCGGCUACAUGGGACGCCAGUGCCAAAUUAAAACGAUGGUCCCAUCCACGGACCUAAUACCGCCAUUGCCAGAUUCAAGUGAUUCGGAAACGAAGCCACAGAUGAUUCUAAUCAAACCAGAAGUAACCGAGGGUUCUCAGAAUCUAGACAAUAAGGAUAAAGAUGUUAUAAAAGAGGAAGAACAAACGGUGGAACCCCUUGGUCCGAUCGUUAUCACUGAUCCGCCGUCCACUAUCGAUCCGGCGGCUACCGUAGGAAAAUGGCCAACCGAACCUCCCACAGAAUCGCCGAUUUUGGAAAGAGACGAUGAGAACGAAACAUAACAUGGAUAAGACGGCGGGCAGCCCUUAUCGUUCACUGUUAUUUAUGUAAUUUAUUUAUUUAUUAUAUUUAAGUUAAGGAUCAUUGAUGUGUAUCGCUUAACGAUUGCUCAUAAGUCGCAAAUAUAAUUAGCGAAAAUGUUUC